AUGUCUAAAAAAGAGAGUCCUAGCAUUACCAGUAAUGGUAAUAAUAAUAAAAUAAUUCAAUCAUUACUUUCAAGUAAAAUUCAAGAAUUAGAAAUUAAUCUUAACCCAAAUGAAGAAAAGAAGAUGAAAAAAUCUGUUGAUAAACAUUUGGAUGAUCUCAAACAAUCAAUGGAAAACCUAUCAGCUGAAGAAAAAUAUCAAUUAAUUUUCGAAAAAUAUUCAAAAUCUUUUAUUGAAAAUAAAGCAAAUGAUCAAUUAAAAAUUAAAAAUGAAAUAUUAAAAAAUGAUUUACAAAAAGCUACCCAAGAAUUAACAAAAACAAAAGAAAUUAAAGUAAAGUUAGAGACAUUAGCCAGAGAAUUACAAAAGAGAAAUCAUGAUCUUGUAGAAGAGGUUAAAAAAACAUCAGAAGAGGAAGAAGUCAAAAGGGAUUUGUUAUCAUCUAAGUUUAACACUUCAAUUUCAGAUAUUACCAAUAGAUUGGAAGAAUUCAAUACUCAAAGAGAGAAAUAUAAUCAACAUGUAGAGUUAUUACAAAAUAAACUUAAAGAGUAUUCAGAUCAAAAUGAAAGUAGGGAAAAACACUACAAGACUAUAUUAAAGAAAAAAGAUUUAGAAACCCAACUAUUAGAAACUAAACUAGAACAUAUUAUUGGUGUCUCCACAGUUGACGCUUUAAAAGUUAAGGUAUACAAAGAAAAAUGUGAAAGCAUGAUUGAAGAAGAAUCAAAAUUAAAAAAAAAAGUCGAAUAUUAUGAAGAAAACUUUGAAAAAUUCCAAGAUGUUAUUUCAAAAUCAAAUGUUGCAUUUACUACUUUUAAAUCCGAAAUUGAAAAGUUAACCAAAUCAAAUAAACAAUUAGAUAUCGAAAAUAAAUCAUUAACAAAGAAAAAUGGUAAACACGAAAAUCAUAUUAAAUCAUUAAAUGAACAAGUUGCAAAGAAUUUAAAACAAUUAGAAACUUUAAAGAGCUUAAUGGCAACAUUACAAAAAGAAAGAAAUGAUUUAAAAUCACAGCUAAAUAAUGCUGAUAAUAACAAUAGUAAUGAUCUAUCACCCAACAUUAAAAACGAUGAAAUAUCCCCAACAGAAAAAAUAGAAAAUAAAGACAAGGUCACCACAGAUAACAACCAAGAUGUUAAUAAUAACAAAGAUGACAGCAAUAAUAAUAAUGAUAAUAAUAAUGCCAAAAAUAAUAACGAAAAUAUAAAAAAAGAAAUAAGAAAUGUAGAUAAUGAAACAACACCUUUAUCUGAUGUAGAUUAA